AUGAUUACGCUUUGUAGUUUCGUUGGAGCGACGUUGGGAUCUCGGAAUUCAAAAGAAGCGUACGUGACGCUUCUGUAUGGCGAUGAAUUCUUGCUGGGCGUGCGAGUCCUGGGUAAAUCGAUUCGCGACACGGGUUCUACCAAAGACAUGGUUGCUUUGGUAUCUGAUGGGGUCUCCAGCUAUGCCAAAAAACUACUUCAGGCUGAUGGUUGGAUUGUGAAUACAAUUAGUUUACUGAAGAAUCCUAAUCAAGUUCGCCCGACGAGGUUUUGGGGUGUCUACACAAAGCUCAAAAUAUUUAACAUGACUGAUUACAAGAAAGUGGUAUAUCUUGAUGCUGAUACUGUUGUGGUUAAGAGCAUUGAAGAUCUUUUCAAAUGUCGAAAAUUUUGUGCCAACUUAAAACAUUCAGAAAGGCUGAAUUCUGGAGUCAUGGUGGUUGAACCAUCUGCAGAACUUUUCAAUGACAUGAUGACCAAAGUGACCACUUUGCAUUCUUACACUGGAGGUGACCAAGGGUUUCUCAACUCAUAUUACUCUGAUUUUGCCAAUGCACACCUUUUUGAGCCAGAAGCAUCUCCAGAGGAUUUGAAGUCUAGACCUGCUCCCCAAAUGGAGAGACUUUCCACUUUAUAUAAUGCAGAUGUUGGCCUUUACAUGCUAGCUAACAAGUGGAUGGUGGAUGAGGAAGAACUCCGUGUUAUUCAUUACACGCUUGGACCUCUUAAACCAUGGGAUUGGUGGACAUCUUGGCUUGUUAAACCUGUUGAUGUCUGGCAGGAUGUUAGAAUAAAACUUGAAGAGACUCUUCCUGGAACUGGAGGUGGCAAAAAUCCAAAUGACAAAUUCCUAGUUAUAUCACUUUUUCUACUUCCGUUUCUGUUCUUUGCUUUCUGUUACUAUCGGUCUUUUCUACAGACAAGAUCACUGCUUGAUCAUAUUAGACACCUCUACUACAAGUUGAGGUCUGGAGGUGUCCUUGGUUAUUCCUCAGUCACUUCUUCUAAUAUCAACUCUAACGGGCAGUUCCCAAACUUGGCGUACAGCAAAGUGCCUAUUUUUCUGGGUGCAACGUCAGUUGUUGUGUGUUUUAUGGCUGCUGUGCUGUCCCUUGUGCUUUCUCUGUUAAUUGUCCCUCGGCAAGUAAUGCCAUGGACUGGUUUUCUCCUUGUGUACGAGUGGACCUUCACAAUUUUCUUCUUAUUGGUUGGAAGUUAUCUGCAGAUAGUCUAUCGAUGGGGAAAGCUUGUUGCCAAUCAAUCAGCAUCCCUUUCCCCACAUUCUGAAUCUGUUGAAUAUUAUUCUGAAAAAGGUCAUUUCCGACAGAUGUCUUCUUGUGAUGUUGCUACAUGGUAUUACGGAUUAGGGGCAGCAUUUCUGGCCUUGGCAACUCCUCUUUUACCUUCUGUUUUUGGGGUCACUGCUCUAUUUUUAAGGUUAGGUUUGAUGGUAAUGGGAGGCCUUAUUUUGGCAUCCUUUAUGACAUAUGCUGCAGAGCACCUUUCGGUAGGAACAUUUGUGAGGGGUUAUGAAGAAAAGGAUGCACAAAGAACCAGGAACAUUUGUUCUUUCUGUUAG